AUUAGUAUAUUAGUACAAUGGUAUCUUUUUAACAAUGGCAACAUGUGCGAGUGAGACACAGGGCUCUGCUUUUGCUAUCUCAAGUGGACCGUUUUCUCUAGUCUGAUAAAGUUUCGGUGAUAAGGUUCAAUUUGGUAUGGCAAAAAAAGUAAUUGCGUUCUCCACUUUAAUAUAUACCUUCAUGGUAGUGACAUUUGAAUUUGAAGUCAAAGUCAAUCGCAAGCCGAGCGCAGAGCGCAGCGCGAACUUAAAAAAUGCAAUUCGAUUCACGGGGAAAUAUUUACAUUUUAUAUUAAAUUGAUCGCAAUACGUGAAAAUCUACACAGUUGGGUGUCAUUAAGUAUAACAUAUUAUCUCACAAAGGAAUGUGAUUCAGAACAAAGUAAACGUGCGAGAAUUAAGGACCCGAACCGAACUAUCGAUUUUGUGUACGUCAGGCUUUCCACCAAAAAUCAUUUAAACAUACGAUGUUUACUAAAGCAGCGAAUUCGAAAGUCAAGUUCCAAGACCAACAACUUGAUGAUUAUAUCUUAGAGAAUUCUGUACUGAAAAGCAAAUUGCAAAGUAAAAUCGAUGCACUUUCAAUAUUGGGUAAAGAGUUGGACAAGUGCAGUAUGGAGAGGGAUAAAUACAAAGUUUUGGUAGAACAGUUGAAGUGUGUACGAAGUACGCCCCACCAGCAGAGCAGUAGCAUUUGUAGGCUCACCCCCACAUACACAAUCAGCGGUGGGGAGCUACUUGCCAAGACCCGAGAUCUCAAUGAUAUGCUCAAACUAGAGGUGGAGACCCUCAGAAGUAAACUGGAAGAAGCCUCAGGGGAUAUAGUUGCAUUAAGAAAACAACUCCAAAAGACAGACUCCAUUGAGAAUAUAGGUGAUAGAAAACAGUCUACUUCUUUAUCUUACACACCAGAUGAUUAUGAACAAUUAGUCCAAGAUCUGGAAAAAAUUCAGAAAAAGUAUCAACAAAUCCACCUUGACUAUCGGGCCACUUUAGACGAAAAAGAAGAGCUGGUUGCUGACAGAGACUAUUACAAAAACAAAGUGCAAAGAUUGAACCAUCAAAUCAGCUUCAUUCUAGCUAAUAGAGUCAAGUCCCAACAAGACAACAGUGCACCAAAACCAGUGGUGGAUUUAGACGCCCUGGUGAUGGAAAACAAAUACCUCCACGAGAGAAUAACCCAGCUGCAAGUUGAGAAGGAAAUCAUUAAAAGGACACUAACAAAAUACAAGGCAUUGCUUGAAAACAGAAAUAACAGUAAUUCAUUUAGCUUAUCAAAAGGAUUUGCGGAUGUUAUGACUCAGAAACAAGUUCGAGAAUACUUGGAAGUGAACUCAAAAACUGGCCUCAAAAGAACUUCUGCGACAGAACUAAAGUCUAUUUGUUUAGGCCUUUUUGAGGCCCUCAAUGAUAAGUCCAUUGCUCUACAGCAUCAGAGGAAAACUAAUCAAAUACUAGCAAAUCGUAUUACAGAACUUGAAAAGACGUUGGAAAAUUGGUGCGACGGACAGAAAUACAUACCCAUAUUUCCAUCACAGAUGCUACUUGACGAAUUCUGCGCAGAUGCCGACACCGCAUCCGUAAAAUCGCAGGACUCUAAAGAAACAUACAAAAAUGACGAUGACACUGGAGAUAUGGAAAAUAAAGUGUCAGAUAGUGACAAUGAUGUUAAAAGUACUGAUAGCUCUUCCGAUGAAGCAGGGAGCAACUAUGAAUUUAAUGACGAUAGUGAAGAUAGAAAGUUGAGUUCUAAAACUGUUUUGCCGAUAGAAUUAGAGGAGCUAGUCAAAGAAGCGUUGGCUGAAAUUAAAGCUUCUAGUAAUAGUGAUAAUAUUGCAGAAAUUCCAGCUUUUUCAUAAAAUGAUCUAAUGGGUUCCUUACCUUUAUUAAACCAUGGAAAAUGGAUCCAACUAUCCAUGACCAAGAUAAACAAGGUAGGUAACCAUUAAGCAACGGUUUCAAUCAAAAUGGUGAAAAUAAAAUAGUUAUGGUACACUUAGAACUUUCACCGUAGUAUAUUUCGACAAGAUUGAAAAUAAUUCUAGUCAAAUUAUGAGCCUUUAUGCUACGCCAAAGAUCUGAAUAUUGUUUUAUUGUUGUUAAUUUUUUAUUAUAUAGUUAUCAUCGUUAACAGUCCAUAACGGUAUAUCUAGUAUAAUUAAAUUCGUAGUAUAGGAAUAGUUUUGUUUUUCAUUAUUUUAUUGUAAUAAAUAUAUUCAAACGGG